AUGGAAGCGCAAAGUGAAAUUACCUCCGUUUCAAAUGGCGAUAACGUGGAUUCUGAGUUUGACAUUGUGAAAUGUUAUAGAAAGUUUUUGAGGGAUAAUGAGGAUAUGUCUAUGCCCAUUGCAGCCAUUGAAUCUUUGAUUGAGUUAAUAAAGCAGAGCAAAGCAACUACUAUAUCCGAAUUCAUGGAAUCUUUGAAAAAUGCUAGUCAAACAUUAAAAAGUUCUACGAGAAACUCCAUUUCUCUUUCAGCUGGGACUGACUUAUUCUUGCGUUUUGUAACAAGAACAUCACACGAUGUCACGAAUCUUGACGCGUGCAAAGAGCAUUUGAUGAACAGUGGUAAAGUACUUGUAGAAAAGGCUGCCGCUGUUCGACACAAAAUUGCCGAAUUGGGAGUACAAUUUAUUAAGGAUGAUGCUGUAAUACUCAUUCAUGCAUAUUCACGUGUCGUGACGCUCUUACUACAACGCGCUGCUAAAUACAAUAAACGAUUCAAAGUUUAUGUUACAGAGUCAAGGCCUACAUCAUUGGGAGUCCGAUCCUCAAAAAUUUUACGCAAAGCAGGAAUUCCAGCAACGGUUAUAUUAGAUACUGCUGUUGGAUAUAUAAUUGAUAAAGUCGAUGCAGUCUUUGUUGGUGCUGAAGGUGUAGUGGAAAACGGUGGCUUAAUUAACGCUAUUGGAACAUAUCAAAUAGCAAUAGUUGCUAAAACUGCGAAUAAACCAUUCUAUGCAGUAAUAGAAAGUUAUAAAUUUGUACGGUUAUUCCCUCUUAACCAAUAUGAUCUUCCGACGCACACACCUGAUCUUUUGACAUUUCCUGACCUUUCGUCUUCGACGCAAAAUGAUGAUUCCGAGUCGAUUCCAUCAUCACCACUAACAUGUCAUGAGCACAAGCAUCGAAAAGAUUCUGAUGGAAGUAGCGGCGGAUAUCCAGAUUUGGAUAAAGCAGCAAACAUCGAAAGUGCUCAAGAUUUCGAGUCGAACAAUCCAACAGUUGACUACACACCACCACAAUACAUCACCUUACUUUGUACCGACUUGGGUGUGUUGACGCCUUCUGGAGUUAGUGAUGAAUUAAUAAAAUUAUAUUUAUAG